AUGCGGAGACCGCGCCGUACCUGGGCCUCACGGCCCCCCGUCUUGCUCCUCGCCCUGCUGUUGCUGGCUCUCCUGUCCGGCCAUGUCGUUGCUCAGCGAGAUACCCCCGAUGCAGCAACUCCAAACCAGCCCGAUAACACCCCCAGACCCGCGUCGCCGCCGCCAGCACCCGCCCCGACCCCCGGCAGCAACACCAACAACAACAACAACCGUCCUUCGACGUCCGCUUCAUCACCCACCAGGCCAACCCCGACUCCAUCGCCACGAACCUCCCCUGAGAAUCUGCCUGGCCUGACCACCAGUUCUAGUUCUAGCUCUAGUUCCAGCUCCAGUCCCAGCUCAGCGCCCGCUACCCGCACCUCCACCACUACCGACGACAAGGCUUUCCCCACGCUCCCCUCCCUCACUGGCGGGCCAGUCAUUCCCACGCCACAAAUCCCCCCCAAAGAGGGCGCUCCGUAUCUCAAGAAAUCCAACCUGCCAGAGGGCACCAUCUUCAUCGCCGUCGGCGCCGCCUUGGGGCUGGUGGCCUUGAUCGUAAUUGCUUGGCGCGUCCUCGUCGCCUGGUCCAUCAAUCGCUCUGUGCGACGCGCCACGAACAACACCCAUCAGUCCGACGCCACAGCCCUGCUUCACUCCAACAAGAGACGAACGGGCGUCUACCAGGACGCUCCCGGCGGCUCAAUGUCCAUGGAGAAAAUCGCCAAAGACCGUCACUCGCGUGUCAUUCAGCCGCAUACCCCCAAUCAAAGCUUGUUCUUCUCCCCCACCGCCGGCGCCAGCAUGCAUAACCCGGGCAACCGUGCUUCUAGCUACUUGCCCGCUGGCUACUACUCCGCUAGCGGCGCUACCCCUGGAGGCGGCUCUGGUCUCGCCCACUUUGGGGGUUCUGGCCUAUCGCCACUGGGUCCCCAGGCUCAAGGGUAUUCACGAACGAAAUCGGGGCCUAGUCCACCGGCAUCUCCAAUACUACCUCCCAGUAGUCGUGGCCAUGAUCAGCUUCACCCAUCAUCAAGUUCGCUGAAUCUGUCGACACCCCCUCAAGGCAGAGCUCCAAGUGCCUAUCUUGAAGACCUAUUCGAGAAUCAUGCUCCCAAUCAUUCUCCCGGGCGGUGA